AUCAGCUGCAGAUGCUCAGUAUGGUACGACUGAUGAAGAAAAAUGUGGCCGAGGACAAAGAAAAUUAAAGAAAAAUGAAUAUUAUUUUUCUGAGAACGAUGAAAAUGAUUAUACUGACGAUUCGAAUGAUGAAGAAAGAAACGCGUGUGAUGAUGAUGAAGAAAAUUACGAUAACGAAAAAAACAAAUCGGUUAAACACUUGAAACAGAAUAUUAAUCGAUCUGUUUUUAAUUCUAUUCCUGAAUACAAUUCUCAGCAAAAAGAUAAUUGUUGCCAAUCUAUCAAUACUUCCAGUACUGAUAAAAAUUCAAAUUGUUUUGUUUCCAAAAAUACUGAUAAUGAAAUUUCAGUAUCACGCACAAAUAACAACAAAUGCAGUUCUAAUGAAAAAACAAAAAAAAUUACAUAUUCUGAUAAGUCCGCAUCACCCUCUGGUAUAAUGGAUAUUGAGAGUAUUCCUAUCUUAGAACUUCCAGAAAUACAAGAUAUUUAUAAAAUUCUAGAACGGAUAGAAACAGGUUUAGAUAAAGUUAUACGUGCAAACGUUGCUACCAAUUUCGAGCUAAAAAGUAUCUCGAGAAGAUUAAGUACAUUGGAGUCUGGUCAACGUAAUGAUGCAGAAUUGACAGAAAAUGAUAUGAAAAAAUUGAUCCUAAAAGUUGGAGGCACCACUCCACGAAAUAGCGUUCAUCGUACUUUAGAACGAAUAAUCAGCAAUAAAUGCGCAAUAAAUUGUUCCUGGAAAGGCGUUCGAUUAAAUUAUAAAAUAAGCAAUUUAACAUUUAUUAAGAAUAUACGUGAUAUUAUAUGCUCUGUACAUUCAGGUUUAACUGAAUCCGAAUUCGAUAUAACUGCUGCGGAAUGGUUCAGGUUUGCAAAGCAACGAGCAAUACGGAAAAAAAAAAAAUCUAUAAUACAUAGUGCUAUUUACAUUUAAUAUACUCACACACGUUAAACACACGUUAAAUUGCUUUAGUUUAAAAAUUCAUUUAUAUAUCUUAAUUAUUUGUGAUAUCAUAAAUAU